AGCGCCUCAAAUUGGCCGUACUUACAUAGGACUUCUUGACUCAUCAGUCGCGAAUAUCCAUGCAGGCGACACUCAGUGUUGCUGCUCUCAAACCAUUCAUCAGGGCACUAACAUGUCUGUCGAGAUAUGGCGACGAUGUUGUCAUAUCUGCAAAUCCAGAACACCUCUCAUUAACCGCAACUAAUUCUUCACUCUCUGCAUACUGUUGCUUCAAGUAUGGGCGCAGGUUCUUUUCCAGAUAUAAAUUCAGAGAUGGCGUGGCACAAGACGAUGUCCAGGACGUGAAAGGACAGUUGCUCGCUAAGACGUUUCUUUCCAUUAUUAAACAUAGAACUAUCGAGAAGACAUUGGAACGCUGCGAAUUCAUAAUCGUUGAAGCAGCGGAUCUAUAUGACCAGAAUGAGCCAGACGAGGACCAGGACACAUUAGAGAGCAGAUUGAUUAUUCGAUUGCACUGUAAACAUGGCAUCGUAAAGACCCACCGACUGCCACUCUUGAUCCCUACAUCAUUGCUUUUACCGGGUACCUCAGACCCUUCGACUGAAUCCCAUCUUACAAUAGGUCCACGCGCAAUAAAAGACAUAACGGAGCAUUUCCCAAAUGCUCGAGGGGCGAAAGGUGAUCCUCAACUUGUAUGGACCUUUGGAGACACCGACGUUGAGGUUAAGAGCCUCGAGUCCUCUAUUGACACUAGAGGUAAAGCUCAACUAUCAACAGAGCUGACAAUCAGCGCGGAUGAGUUCGAUGUCUAUGACGUCUAUGCAACCCCAACCAUCAUCUCUUUUCACUUGCGAGAGUUCAAUGCCACAAUUGCUUUCGCGGAAUCCAUGGGUCUCUGCCUAGAUCUACGGUUCACGGAUUCUGUGGCCCCUCUCUUCAUCGACGUCGAAAGCGAAGAGUCAGAGUGUCUUUUUGUCAUAUCUACCUCGCAAUACGGUGGUUCAGUCGCACCUCCAUCGUCAAACUCUACUCAACACAACACACACAAACGUCCUUCUCCAAGCGAUGAUGGUAAAAGCAGUUCGAGACAGCGAAGCGAAACACCGAGAAUAAAGAAACCAAUGAAAGCCGUGCAGCGUAUGGAUGUGCGUACACCUGAUAUAACUUCUACUUCGAAAGCACAAAACGAUGCACGAUCAAUGCCACCGCCAUCUUAUAUUCCUCAGCACACGUCAGGCUCUCCACUGAAUCAGAUGCCGCCUCUUCCCUCGCCGUCUUGGAAUCUUCCGCCUGAUCCAUCCCAUGGAGUUACGGUGCAACUCGAGCCUCUUUUCUACCCUCAGUCUUCUCAAUUGUUAUCGGAUGAGCCAAGCGGGAGCCCUGAAGUGGGUCGAGCUAAAGCACGGGAUCGGACUCCAUUAUUUUAUCCCCUUUCACAACUUUCUCAGGCAGACAAGGAGGUGAUACGCGCAUCUGGUUUGGGUAUCGAAGACAUGAACCAGGAUGAACUAACGGCAAUGCUCGAAGGAGAGGGCGAAGAAGUUGGCUUUGAGUUCGCUGCGUCUCAGAGUCUUACCAACAUGGAAGAUGCAGAUUCAACUAUGCUUUCUGCGGAUGAUGAUCCUGAAAGCUUUGAACUUGUUGAAGACAUUGGCACUGAACUUGGGCCAACGCAGGACGACGUUGGAGGCAGGAAGAAGGUGUUUCAGCCUCUGUUUGAAGAUUAAUUUCGACACACAUAACAUGUUAGGAUUUUGUUCAUCCUUUGUUGUUGUGUUUACUACUUAUGAUUUUCCUGACACACUGUAGUGGGAGAGGGUUUUGUAGAAAAUAAAUGUCAUAUGCUGUGCAUGCUUAAGAUUCGGUUUAUAAUACAGUUACGUAAUUAACCC